UCACCUAGAAUGGCAGUCGACAAGAGAAAAGACAGUCGAGUCAAUCAUGGAUAUGACAAGAAGUUGACGCGACCCAGCAAAAAGAGAGAGACAAAGAAUCGGAGAGAAAAAGAUAAAAAGGAGGCUUCAGUUGAACUCACAUUGGAUGAUUCAAGCUGGUCACCCUUUGCAGAUGAAGACUAUAUUGUGUUCUGCUUCAGAGAGGAUGGAGCAUUCGAUGUUAUAAAAGAUGGCAAAAGCGUCAAGUCUGAACCUCCAUGUGGUUUCGAUGGGAGUUCCAGAAACCCAAGGCCAGUGAAUCGCAAGCUUAACUAUGGUGAGGAUGCAGAACAAGUUAGUAAACCGGGCAUGCACGACGGCAGAUCAUAUCCUUCAGGCUCUUAUAAACAGGACGAGGAAACAGACAUCAUAUGCAUGAGUAGACAGCAAAAUAGAGACAACUUCAAAAGGGCAUGUCAAGGUGGGGAGGUUGAAGAUCGAGCAGUGAUGUCCUCUGGAUCAAGGGAUUCUAAUCAAUCUGAAGGCAGUACAGGUUCCUUUGCAUUCCCAGUGUUAGGUUGGGAAUGGCUGGGCAGCCCAGUGCAAUUGCCAAGAACAGAGAGUAUGCGCCCAAGCAAGCAGAAGGUCCGGUUUCUGCGUUUUCAGUGUUGUAGAUUCUGAUAUAAUUUCUCAAUAGUUGCUCAUUCUUUUCUUUGAAUUUUUC